AUGGAGGAACCUACAAUAGCUCCUAGCCCUGAAGGUCAUUUCAGCCAUGGCAAAGAGAAGAAGAACGGCCUCGAUCCGGAGAUCGCUCCUGCCCAACAUAUUGAAGAUGACGACGACCUGAAGAAAGACCACAUGAAUUAUGACAGAGUCGACAAAGAAGUUGCCAAGUACGCCAGUGAUGUUGCCAUUAACAUCAGCCCCGAAGAAAGUGACCGUUUGAAGAAACUCAUCGACAGACGAGUGUUAGCUAUCAUGAUAUUCACCUACUUUCUUCAAGUCUUAUAUAAGGGAACCUUGUCCUUUUCAAGUAUUAUGGGCAUCAGGACGGAUACACAUCUACACGGGCAACAAUUUGCGUGGCUGACCACGUGCAUCUAUAUUGCAAUUCUGGUCGUUGAAUACCCCACCAAUUGGCUCAUCCAACGGCUACCUAUUGCAAAGUACCUUGGCGUUUCGAUCAUUCUAUGGGGCACUACACUAGCACUACAUGCCAAGGCCACCAAAUUCAUCCAUCUCCUCGUUCUACGAACUCUUCUGGGCAUCUUUGAGGCCGUCUGCCAGCCUUCCUUCGUCUAUCUCAGCUCGAUGUGGUAUAAGCGCGAAGAGCAGGCGGUGACUGUGUCCUACUGGUAUAUGAUGAAUGGAGGGCAACAUAUUGUCGGAGGCCUUCUUGCCUACUGUUUCACGCUCAUCAAGAGCCCGCCAUCCUCUCUGAAAAGCUGGCAAGCUAUCUUCGUAGCCUAUGGAGGCUUCUCUGUUCUAUGGGGUCUAUUCGUCUUAUGGUUCAUGCCCGAUAGUCCCAUGCGCGCCAAAUGUUUUACCGAGGAAGACAAGAAAUUGAUGAUUGAGCGUGUCCGAAGCAACCAAACUGACCCGCAAAUGUAUUGCUACUGCUUGAUUGCUAUCUGUACGACUUUACCAACAUCCGGGCUCGGCGCGUUCGCAAAUAUCAUCAUUGCAGGCUUUCACUUUACCGUACUACAGACUCAGCUUUUGGCCAUGGUUCUUGGAGUAUAUAUUAUCAUAGUCUUGCUCAGCAGCAUGUGGCUUGUGAGGAAGACGAAACAAAACUUGCUUGUAAUGGGACUCUAUGUCAUACCCUCUUUCAUCGGGACCAUCGUCCUCAUGACAGUCCAAAACACCAACUCAGCCACCCAAAGCGGUCUCCUUUUCAGUUACUAUAUCGUUCUCUCAUUCUGGGCAGCCCAAACUUUGAGCAUGACCCUCAUCACUCGGAACAUUGCUGGUCAGACUAAGAAAACUGUGGUGAUUGCCGCGAAUUUCAUUGCAUGGGCCACUGGUAACGCUAUUGGACCACAAGUUUUUCUGACAUGGGAUUCGCCUCGCUAUCUCAUCGCCUUUUCGAUGCACAUGGGCUGCUACGCUCUUCUUGUCUUCGUCAUCAUCUUUUUGCGCUGGUAUCUGAUGAGCCAGAACAAGAAGAAAGAUAGACUACAAGCUGAGCUAGCCGCGGCAGGAGCCGGCGUCGUGGACGAAAGACUAACGCAUGCUUUCGACGACCUAACAGAUAAGGAGAAUGCUAACUUUAGAUACGUUUUUUAAGUGAUAUUGGAAGGCAAAUGAUCUUGGCAGCAGUGCAACUAGGGGCAAACUAUUUUAUAUGCUGAAUUGUCGCGAUUUUCGCAAUGUUAGACUCGCUUCGCGUGCU